UGUGAUCAAGCUUAAAGCGCCAUACGCACAUCUAUUGACGCGGCCACAGUGUGCACGGUCUCAAACCAGCAUUUCCUGCGUGCUCCCACGGCGGCACAGCACCGCUUUUGAGGCGAGCGGCAGUGGAAUAAGGGCUGCCACAGGCACACACGACUUGGGGGCUGCCCACGCGACGAGAAUCAUGGGCGGCGGCGAAGGCAAGGGCCGCUUCCGCAAGGCCGUGGCGAAGACGACGCUCCUGCGCCAGAUGAGCAGCAAGGUGCUGCCCCUGACGAACCCCGAGGCGCGGCUGUCCUCGGAGGACCUGCGGCGCAAAAAACAGGGCUCGAUGCGCGCGCAGAUCAAGCAGCGCGCCACGGGCCGGGUGCAGGUAACUGAUCUGUACUUUAGCAUGCUCGACAUGAGCUGGGGCACGAUGCUGAGCUACUGCGUGUUGGCGUACGUGUGCACGGUGGCGCUCUGGGCGUGCGUCACGCUGGCCGCCGCGAACGACAUCGACGGGUCGGCUCUAUCUCUGUCGGACAAGCCGUUCGUGCGCUCCCUGGCCUUCGCGUGCGAGAACAUCGUGACCAUGGGCUGGGGGCAGAUGGAGCCGCGCAGCGGCACGGCCUUCGCCCUGGGCGUGCUUCAGCAUUUGACCGGGCUAGCCCUGAACGUGCUCGUGUUUGCGAUCGUCUGCACGAAGUUCCAGCACCCCCAGUCGCAGCUCGUGUUUGGCGAUCGCGCCUGCAUCGUGAAACGAAGAGGCGUGCCGUAUUUGUUAAUACGGCUCGGCAACAAGCGAUGUAAUCUUAUCUAUCAUCCGGACGCGAAGCUAUCGUUGCUGACUCCAGUGUCUACGCCGGAGGGCGAGAGCUACGUGCGCAACGAACAUCUCGAAGUGUCGAUGCCCGGGGUCAUUACGGGGAUUUAUAGCAUUGCGCACCGCAUCGACGACAACAGUCCCUUGAAACCGGUACUCGACGACUGGGAGAAGAACUCAGCGCGCAAGAAUAUCACGGUCACCUUUGUGGGCAGGGAUGGCGUCUUCCACGACGACUUACAUUGCAUCAAGCGCUACUCGCUGAGCGACGAUGUGGUGGUGGACCACCGCUUCGUGGACGCGACUACUUUUGACGAGAAGACGGGCAAGCCGAAGAUCGACUUUGAUAAGAUCUCGCAAGUGGUGCCCCUGUCGAAGCCUCGGCGGUCGCGCGAGUUUGCGGCGACGCGGGCCGCGCGUUUAGCGAAGUUGCACGCGUCGUUGGAUAAGGAGCCGCCGAUGGAGAAGCCCGGGCUCUACCUCGUGUACGGCGCGCUGCGGCGGAACGAAGAAAAUCCGGAUCAGCCGCUCGAGAUGACGUGCUCGUUUUCGGCAUUCGCGUCCAUGUGCCUGCGCCAAGCUGGAGUGCCGCACGAGACGAUUCUCGCAGACACGCACCACAAGCCGCAGUGGUACGAGAAGCGGUGGUUCAAGGAGCUGCCGGAGUCGAAGUCCGCGACGUUCCCCGCCAUCAUCCGAGUGUCGGACGACGGCACGAGCGAGUUCGUCGGCGAUUCGGCGGCCGUCGUCGACGCGGCGUGUAGGUGGUACCCGGACGCGGCCGAAAAGCUGGCGUCCGCCGCGGGCGGCCUCGCCGAGGGCACCGCGGCGGACGGCUGCAUGGGCGCGUGGUGGGCCGUGUGCUCCAGCGCGCCGGUGACCAUCGAGGACCAUCGCGACGCCGAGAAGCGGCGUGCCUACGCGGAAGCCAGGGAGAAGUGGAAGGGCUGCGUGCGGCCUUUGGAAGACGUGCUGGAGAAGCACGCGUUCCUGAGCGGCCGCGACACGCCCGGGCGCGUGGAUUUCAAGCAGUUUUCGUUCUUGCGCUUCGCGCACGACUACGUCUUCGCCGCGUGGCUGGACGCCGAGUUUGCGGCGGAGCUCGACGCGUCAUUCCCGCGCGUCGCGGACUGGAGGGGGCGCAUGGCUCCCCUGGUGCGCGGCGCCGUAAGCGAUGAUACGGAGACGGCGGUGGCCAUUACGAACCUCCAUCUCAUCAAUCGGUUCUUCCCGCAAUGCGUGCCGCUGUUGCCGAAGCGCUACCAGGAGCUCGUCGACGCGUACGGCAAGCACGUGCCCCGGGAGCAACGGCUAGAACAGCUGCACGCAGAGCUCGACGCCGAGCCAGUGAUGAUGACGAAGCCCGGCGUUUAUUUGAUCUACGGUGGGCUCCGGCGACACGAUUCCAAUCCGGACCAACCGAUCGAACAAUGCUGCGCAUUCUCAGCCUUUGCCGCCGCGUGUUUGCGCCAUGCAAAUAUCCCGUACGAGACGAUCCUGGGCGAUAUGCACCGUAAACCGGCGUGGUUUGAAAAAAGGUGGUUCGCGGCGUUGCCUGAAUCGAAGUCGGCGACCUAUCCCGCCGUGGUCCGCGUGCUGGAGGACGGCACGAGCGAGUUCGUCGGUGAUUCGGCGGCCGUCGUCGACGCGGCCUGCAAGUGGUACCCCGAGGCGGCCGCGACGCUCGCGUCCGCCGAGGGCGCGCUCACGGACGGCACGGCGGCGGAUGGGAUGAUGGGCUCCUGGUUUGGCGUCGCAUCGACCUCGCCUACGUGUAUUGAGGACCACCGUGACGCCGAGAAGCGCAAGGCUCAUGCGGAUGCGAAAGAGAAGUGGCGCGACUGUCUCAGGCCGCUGGAAGACGUGCUCGCAAAGCACGCGUAUCUUUGCGGCCGUGACGAGCCGGGCCGCGUCGAUUUCAAGCACUACUCGUUCCUGCCAGUGCAUAAAUCAAAUUGUCGCGGCGCGUCUGAAUCAUGAGUGCACCCGACUCACUGAUUGAUUUAUGCACAGGUUCCUGCGCCUAGCCCACGACCAGGUCUUCGAGGCCUGGCUCGAGACCGCCUUUGCGAAGGAGAUUGACGAGACGUUCCCCAGAGUCACCGACUGGAGGGCUCGCAUGGCGACGCAUAUGCGAGGCGCCGUGAGCGACGCCGAGGACGUCACGUGCGCCCUCAUGAACCUACAUCUCACGUCGCAUUAUUUCACAAAGCUCGCGCCGCUGAUGCCGAAGCGCUACCAGGCGCUCAUCGACUCGUUCGCCGGCGGCGACGAGGAGGACGGGGACGACGACGACGAGGAGGAGGCGUCGGACUCGCCCCCCGCCGGCGGCACCAUCCAAUUCUGUUUGUAAAUUCCUUUGCUUGUUA